AUGAAGAGACAAUUAAGGAAUACACGUAUAGGGUCGCUACCCGGGGGUGAUCGCCGGGGCACGCCUGGAGCUGACGCUGGGCGUGACAGCAUACGGGCCGUCAGUGACUCUCUGCUGAACAGGCGGGCAGAAGUCGGGGUACCUGAACAUGUUACAGCCGAACCACGGGGAGGGGGGGAAACGGGUGAUGCUUUGCAGAGUAGGGAAUUCACUCCCACACAACACUCUGCCGGCUCAUCUGUAACGACCACGAGUACUUCUAUAAACGAGGAUAAGAAAAAAAAGUGGUCAACAGAGGAGAUGGAGGAGUUAAUAUAUUGUUAUUUUAAAGCUAAAUUAGAAGGACCAGGAUACAUAGCAAGACUACAACAACUUUUUUGCAAUAGAAACCCAGAUAACCCUAAAAUCCAUAAAUUUAAUGGCAAUACACUUUCGAAUCAGGCACGUAGGAUAAUUAAACAGAAUGUAUUACCGAAAAACACACUAGACACAAUACAAAAAACAAUAGAAAACCAAUCACAACUAGCACAAAAUUCUAUAAUACCAAUCACAGAAAAUUCUGACGUACUCACAGCGGUCACUCGAUCAUCAUCCACAAACCAAUCACAACAAAGUAGUAGUAGUAAUAUUGAAACCCAAAACACAGAAAUAUUUUACGGUGAUAGGAGAAGAAGAUGGACGCAACAAGAGGAAGAGGAACUAAUGUUUUGUUAUUUUAAAGCAAAAUAUGAGGCAACGGAGUAUAUCAGUAGACUGGAACAAUUAUUUAAACAGAGAAAUCCUAACAAUCCAAAAAUACAUAGGUUCAAUGGAAAUACGAUAUCUAACCAAGCACGUCGGAUUUUAAAACAAAACCUUAUUUCUCAAGAACUACUGAACCGAAUCAAGCGUAAUGCUGAAAACGAUGCGCAGCAAUCUCAUCCUAACGAUGCAAACGCACACACAAACACAACGUCAACUUUAGUUUUAGAUAAUACCAUAGCGGAAACCAAUGAACAAGACAGUUCAAACAUACAAAGUAGCAGCAGAUCUGUUUCAGUGAUGGCACAAUGUCCUGUAACGUAUGGCAAUGAUGAAGAAGCGAAUCCUCUCGUUGUCCAAUUCCUACAAUGUUUAGCCGAAACAAAAGAAAUACCUAUCGAAGAGCGCGAUUACCUACCGAAAGCUAAAAUCAAUAGACAAUUUUUACAAAAUUUAACAGUAAUAGACAACUAUUUACCAACAAUUUUGGCAAGUAAUUGCACUCUCCGAGACACUAAUGACAUAAUUUAUUCCGCCGCGAGAACUUUAAUAGUCAACAACAACCAACACCCUUACUCACCUAGUAGCACAAUAAAACCGCAUACAGACCCACCAUGGAAAAAUAGGAUAAAAGUAAAAAUAGAACGUUUGAGGAAAGAAUUAGGACAGAUGGUGGAAAUUUCAAGGGGAGUUAAUUCAAGAAAAAUGAUGAAGAUCAAGGAUAAACUAUACGCAAAAUAUAAUAUACAGAAUGAAAUAGAACAUAAAAGUAGAGAAGAAAUACUGAAGCAAAGAAUAAAGGCUCUGGCAGGCAGAAUAAAACGAUAUGAAGAAAUAAAUAGCAGAAAACAACAGAAUAAAAUGUUUACAGAAGACGAACAUAGAUUAUAUAGAAGUUUAGACAGUAAGAAAGAAAAUAUAGACGUUAAAAUACCGAGCAAGCGCAACACUGAGGAGUUUUGGACAAACAUUUUAUCACAACCGGUUGAAUACAAUCAUCAAGCAGAAUGGAUUUUAGACAUGGAACAAUCUAAUAAUAAUAUCACCACGAGCUCAUCCGAAGAAAUAACUACUGAACAGAUUAAACACUCUUUAAGUAAAAUGUUAAAUUGGAAGGCGCCAGGACAAGAUAAAGUUCAGAACUACUACCUUAAGUAUUUUACCAAGAUGCAUGAUCACCUCGCAAUGCUAUAUACGAGAGUUCUGAAAUGGGAAGAACCAUUAGAAGAUUGGCUAACAACUGGCAAGGUUAUUUUGAUUCCAAAGAAUGAGGACACCGAAAAUCCAAAGAACUGGCGCCCAAUCGCAUGUUUACCGAGUAUGUAUAAACUCCUCACUUCCAUAUUAUCCGACCAGUUGUAUGCUCACUGUCUAGGCAACAAUAUUAUGGCCCCCGAGCAAAGAGGAUGUCGACGCGGGGCUCGGGGAUGCAAAGAUCAUUUGAUGCUAAACAAGGCAAUAUUGGAGGAUGCACACGAGGCCCAAAAGAACUUGAGCAUGCGAUGUAUAGACUAUCAGAAGGCGUUUGAUAGUAUAUCGCAUGAGUGGUUGCUUCGCGUGUUGGACAUUUAUAGGUGCCCGCCGGUUAUUAAAAAUUUCCUUGAAAGAGCAAUGCCCAAAUGGAAAGUUAUAAUGACGGCUAAGGGCUCUACAGACUCUUACACUACUGAACCGAUUUAUGUUAGGCGGGGAAUCUUUCAGGGAGAUUCGUUAUCUCCAUUGUUAUUCUGCUUGGCACUUAAUCCGAUUUCUACUAUUCUAGGGAAAUAUCAAAAGAAAGGAUAUCAUCUGAGGGACAGCGUGUGGAUUAAUCACUUAGUAUACAUGGACGACCUUAAAGUGUAUGCAAAUAAUAAAACUAACUUAAAAAUCUUACUAGAUAGUGUUGAAAUUUUUACCACAGAUAUAGGCAUGUCAUUCGGGCUGGAUAAAUGUAACAUACUUCAUAUAACUGCUGGAUAUAGAAACCACACUGAUGGCAACGAACAUGUACUACUGAACGGAAACACUUUUAAG